AUGAACGCGCUCGAUGUCCUCAGCGCUUUCUUUGCUGAGUACAACCUCAACAAGGACGAAAUCAUGGCUUUCGUCCCACACGCCUUGGAAGGCUUUAGAUUCAUUUAUGCAGACCCCGAUGCCCCUCCUAAUGAGAAAGGAGGCUUCAAAUCCGACCUCAUUCUCAAUCUAUUCGCAUACCACUUCAAGAAAACCAGCAACGCCCCCAGAUCAUACGGAUCCCAAGCUGGAGGGUUGGGGCUUUGCACUGCCGCCAUUCGGGGUAAACCCGAUCAAGGACGAGAAGGGAAACAAAAAGAAAAAUGUCGCUCAAUUCAACGACAGCGACUGGGGUCUCAAGACACGUGGUUGGAUCGAAUCCGCAUCUCGAUUGUCGCCAGAGGAUUGGGCGUACAUAUUUGA